ACAUUUGGACUAUAUUCCAUUCUAUCAAAUAGCGACAGAUAAUACCCAGCGUGUUCAGAUCCUACGAAUAUCUAUUUAACACCGAUAAAACCCGAUUCCUACGACUUCAAGGAAUUUCCAGACAAGUCAGAAAUAUUUCUCAAGGCUGGUGGGCUGGUCGACGAUAUGGUUGUAUAAUGAUCGCUUUGGGUAUAUAAAGAUGUCGGCACCCUACAAUAUUUACUAAAGCUCGCACAGGUAACCAGGGAUCGUGAAAUCRAUGGAUGAUCGUACCAGAUCACUCAACGCAUUAACCUACUACCCACCAUGCGAUCUAUCUACGAGUAGCUACAGUGGCAUGGCAAUAUCAAACAACCACUUAUCAGUAGACGUCCCGCGCAGACCGAGCAGUGGAACACAUUCAAACCAAGGCACCUCUUCCAAUUUGAAUUUCCACGGGUCGAACGACUCUCGCCUUGAGGUGACAGAACUAUCUGGAACAAUAACCCAGAAUGGGUUUUGUGUUGAUCAAAUCCAUUAUAGACCCAGGAGAGAGAGGUGGAAAAAUCGUACUGAGUUUAUAUUGACUUUGAUUGGGUAUACUAUUGGUCUGGGGAAUGUAUGGAGGUUCCCUCAUUUGUGCCACAAGAAUGGUGGAGCGUCAUUUCUUAUUCCUUAUGGGAUAAUGUUGGCAGUCGAAGGAAUUCCCCUAUACUACAUGGAGCUUUGCAUCGGCCAAAGAAUGCGCAAGGGUUCCAUAGGCGUAUGGAACGAAAUUUCCCCCUACCUAGGAGGUCUAGGGAUAGCUUCAGUCGUUGUCUGUUUCUUGGUGUGUCUAUACUAUAACGUCAUCAUCGCGUGGUGUAUUUUUUACUUCGUACAAUCGUUUCAAUCGCCUUUACCUUGGGCUUCCUGUCCCACACAUGACGUCAUCGUGGGUAAUAUAACAAAAAACGUGCCGAUUCCUUCGUGCGACGUGCGAAAACCAACCGAAUAUUUCUGGUAUCAGACAACGCUUGGAAUAACGAAUAAUAUCGAGGAUACAGGUGGCAUGAAUUGGAAGCUGUGGGGAUGUCUGGUAGCUACAUGGGUACUUUGUUGGAUCUGUAUGAUGAAGGGAAUUAAGGUCACAGGAAAGAUCGUCUAUCUUACUGCUACCCUACCCUUAGUGCUUCUGAUCAUCUUCUUCUUUCGUGGAGUCCAUCUUGAUGGAUACCAAGAUGGACUGAGAAUGCUGUUCGUACCUGAGUUUGCACGUCUCUCAGAUCCUCUAGUAUGGUUAGAUGCAGCAGUACAAAUAUUCUACUCUCUAGGAGUGGCCUACGGAUCACUCAUCGCAUUCUCAAGCUACAACCCACUCAAGAACGACUCCACUAAAGACGCUAUAACCGUAUGUUUUAUCAACUGCGCUGUCUCCAUCUACGCUAGCGUCGUGGUCUUCUGUUUUAUUGGAUUUCAGGCGCAGAAUAGAAUGGAUGAUUGUCUUGAAAACAAACGCGAGCAAGUAUUACGGAUAUUGAACGAGACGGGGUUAAUCAGCCAAGGUCUUCCAGACUGGAAAUAUGUGGAUAUGGGAGAGAUUAGUGAGAAUAUUCAGAAUGCCUCGAUAAUAGCCAAUGAAACGAUUAUCACCUGUAACAAGACACAGUUCCUUGAAAUGUCUAGUGGGAUUGGCUUAGCCUUUAUAGUCUUCACUGACGUCAUCACCAAGAUGCCAUAUGCACCGAUAUGGGCCGUAAUGUUCUUCCUCAUGCUCAUCACUGUUGGAAUUGAUACCCAGUUUGGAAUGUUAGAGGGUGUGGUCACUCCUAUCUCGGAUAUGAGGCUGCUACCCACAUGGAAGAAAAAACACAUUUCAGGUAUAUAA